GUCAUGUGGUCGGGAGGCAUCCUGACUUACGCGGAGAUUGUUUUUCCUAGAUAUGUCAGCUUACAAAGGACAUCUCUCUCCUCUAAAGAACUUAACACCCCAAAAUGUCCUUUCCCAGUAGCUCUCCUGCGGCAAACCCAUUUUUAGUGGACUCGUUAAUUGGUGCAUGCAGGUCGGACAGCUUUUACUCCAGCAGCAACAUGUACAUGCCGUCUGGCUCACAAAUGGGAACUUACGGAAUGCAAACCUGUGGACUCCUGCCGUCUUUCGGCAAAAGAGGGGAGGUCAACCACCAAAACAUGGGCAUGAAUGUCCACUCGUACAUACCUCAAAUAGAUAGCUGGACUGAUCCGAAUAGACCCUGCAGAAUAGAGCCGUCCAGUCAGAUGUCAAACUGUACAUUUUCACAGAGCAUAAAGGAAGAGAGUAACUGCUGCAUGUACUCCGAUAAGAGAGUACAACAUGUCAGCUCGUCAGAUGUCCCCGUAUAUUCUAACGUUAUUUCCGAGUCUUGUUCUGUUGAUGGUCCCGAGAUCCCGGUUCCGGGCUAUUUCAGACUGAGCCAAACUUAUGCGAAUGGGAAACAUCAGGAAAACUACUGCCAUGAGCCGCCGAGUCCAAACCCAACACUGAUGCAGCUCAGCCGGGUCACCCCGAAACCGCAGUCCUCCUCGGCGCCUUCUAAUUUUACAGAGGUUGAAAAGAAAAGUGACGACGUCCCUCAAAACCCCGAGACCUCAAGGACACCGGUCCCCGCAGAAAGCCCGGAUCUAAAGUCCAGCUCCGGGGAGAAAAGCUGCUCCAUGGAAGCCUCUGUGUCCAGUCCUGAACUGCUUCAGAAGGAGGGGAAAGACUGCAAAGGCGACACGCCGACAAGCAACUGGUUAACUGCAAAAAGUGGGAGAAAGAAAAGAUGUCCCUACACAAAGCACCAGACCUUGGAGUUGGAGAAGGAGUUUCUCUUCAAUAUGUAUCUGACCCGAGAGCGCCGCCUAGAGAUCAGCAGGGGCGUCAACCUGACCGACAGGCAGGUCAAGAUCUGGUUUCAGAACCGCAGGAUGAAACUGAAGAAAAUGAACAGAGAAAACCGCAUCCGUGAACUGACCUCAAAUCUCACCUUUUCGUGAGCGUGCAUGUGUCUGUGGUUAGCUGUCUUUUAUUUCCUCUCAUCUUCAGUUUGAUGCUUUAUUGGCAUUGGACGUGUAUCUUCAAUUUCAACGAAACUGUGACUAUGUAUAAGCCAAUUUUAGUACUUUGGGUGGCGUCGUGUAUUUGUUUUAUUUGAUCAGGGUAACACUUUUUGGUCUUAAAUUAUUGGAAAAGUAGAUUUCCUCCUUGUAGCCUGUAGACAUGGAUAUUCUAUUGUGUCGCGAUGGCGAGCUGGAAAAGAGUUACUCCUAUUUUCAGUCAUGAAAGCACAUUUCUUGUCAUGUAGUGCAACAUUUGUUUUACAGUAAGUGCAAGCCAUUUGCUCAACAGUGUAAUGUUUCUAUGGCUCAAAACGAUGUUAAUCUGUGAAUUGAUUGCAUGUUUGUGGCAUGUAUCUUAAUAAAUUAUCAAAUAAUA